GCCCAAGCCGCCGAACGAGCAGUUUGGCGGAAUGUUGCGGCUCACUGUUCCGGUUGGCUAUGAAAUCCAGCACUCCAACUCCCAGUGCGAGGUGGAGCUGUUCGUGACGGAUGGCUCGGUUGUAUUCGAGGACUCAGACUAUUCCUGCCGAGUGGAAAAUACGGUGAAGCAGCUGCUCUACAUGGCUGGCGCCAAGGACAUCCGAGGCUCAUACCCGUACACCUUGAUUGUGUGGACUUUCAACCCUCCGACGGCGGCG